CUCUGGAAAGAAGAGGGAAGGGAAAAAAUUUUGGUAGACGUUGGUCUUGUGACCGUAUGUCAUGAACGGGUUGGGGAGUGAAGCAGACUUUUCAGCUCUGCUUGCGGAGGAGAAGUACAUCAGCUGGCUGCUUUCAAUAUUGUGUUUGCCAAGGGGACCUCACGGAUCUGUUGCGACAUAGUGUUUCUCAGUGCAAAUGUCUUCAGCAAGCAAGCUGGAAGCGAUAGAUACCUGAUGAAGACGGCAGUACAUGUACUCCCUCCCUAUAACGUUUCUGCAUGCAGUAUGAGCACCCGUCAUCCCGGCAAAGACCACUACAGCAAGUCCAGUAGUGGCUCGACCACCGCAGCCAGUAUUUCAUCCCAAGUUGCAUCGACAGCUUCAACAUCAAAUCGCAGCAGCACAGAGUCUGGGUCUGGAAGUGCAAGUCACCAUGGCAGGACUCAACCAAGAGCAGAGGGGGCGAAUAGCCGCAGCUCCUCCAAAUCGGAUGUUCGUGCAUCAUCCAACAGUAAAAGCAGGCCAACUGGAAGUAGCAGCAGUUCGAAUCACAGCCACCACCACUCAUCAACUUCACAUCACCCCAGCUCUUCUCAGCGAGGCAAUCAUUCCUCAUCGCAUCAACACUCAGAACAAUCCAACCAUUCUCACCAUCAUUCGGAAUCGCACAGUCGGAAACACUCGCCGGCCUCAACACCCAAGAUUGAGAAAUCGUCGACUGAAAUUCCAUUGGAAUGUGACUGGUCUGAACAUAUUUCGUCGUCCGGGAAGCCGUACUAUUUCAACCGCAAGAGUAAUUCCUCGCAAUGGCAGAUGCCUACUGAAUUCGCAAAUUAUCGUGCGGAGAAGGAGCGGAGAUUAAAACAGAAAUCCGCCAUGCAAGACCGAAGAAAGACGUUUUCUUCGGACCACCGAUCUCGCUAUCAACAUCAAAACAGUUCUUCAUCUGUGCGUGAUGUGUCACCACCUUCAUCCUCUCACGAUCGUGGCGGUAAUGCUCAUCAUUCAUCUGGGGCAAGUCGCACCCUGCAUCGUUCAUCAACCUCUGCGCACCCUGAGAGUAGGAGUCGCAGUAGUAGUUCUCGGGCAGAUAGCGUGUCCGUACCCACCACACCGAUCACUCCUGCUGCUGUUCGACAGACUUCUAUUCCUGGAACGACUACAGAUAACGGCAAGCCAAUCGACAGCAGUCCAGUUGUCUUACAGCCGGCUAUGUCAGCACAGGCAGCUCUUCAUCCUUUACAGCAGGCCACGCUGCUGCUACAGUCUGAGCAGACACGUAAGGCUGCUGCCAGCGGUGUAUCAGUGCGGGCCAACCUACACAACCACACUGCCCCAAGUCCAAAGCUGGCAUGCGUCGAGUACCAAAGAAUGUACUGUGACGAGCACAAUCGGCCGCGUCGAACACGGCCAGAGAGUCUAAUGCAUCCAUCUACCAUUGCACCUGUGCCGCAGCUAGAAGAUGCAUUGGUGGCUAAUUACUCGCAGUCGGCAAUAGCGCAUCUGCAAGGCUGGCCUACGGAGGCUAUUGAGAAUGAGGCCCUUCGAGCACAUGCAAAUUGGAUUAACACAAGCUAUCGCAAAGAGCCUAAUCAACUGGAGAAGAUUCAUCAUACUCAGUCGCUAUGCCGUAGACUUGCCAUUGCUUCCGAAAUAUCUGCAGGUGUUGUGCUUAGCAUUCGUGGACACGUUUCUGAACUUGAGAAAUCACUAGGCCUUGACUCCAACCCCAGCUAGCUAACUGUUGUGGCUGAUCUAUUUCCUGUUUUCCUCAAGAUUUGGAUCGCCGUUCUUUAUUGGCAGACACCAGGCCAUACAUGCUGCCUUUUGUGCAGGUUAAUUCUCUCCUUGAAUCUCACUUGUCUCACGUUGUCCCAUUUCCUUUUUUUAGCCUCUUUGUAUAUGUCAGUGUGUUGGCGCGUUCCUCUCCUUAGGUUUUGUCUGCUCCCCGUGCUAAUAAUUUGCUUUUCUGAUCUGCUGGCGCUAUUGUUGAUACCCACCUUACUUCUAUAUUGUCUGCUAAUACCUCACGUGACAUUUCAAAGCAUAGCCUUUUUUUGUCAAAAUACUCAUACCAUUGUGUCCCAUUUUUCUAGGAACGGAGAAACAUCUGUCCCUCAAAUUUAGAGUCUCCUUAUUGCUUCA